CGUAAGUUGGCAAGUAAAGUGGUCAUCAGUUGCACCAGGGGAAGUCAUUCUGGUUUCUGGAAUUUUUAGGAAGUGAAUCUGUGUCUUGUGUGAAGAAGAAGAAUACAAACGAAGAACUCUGUACAUAGUUUAUUAUUACCCAAGUUGAAUUGAGAACGGAUUUACCGUGGACCGCCGACUCAUCGUAAUGCUGCCAGUGUCACAGUUGAAAAUGCUCGCGUACAUUUCGUUGGUGCUGAUUGUGUUCUCGACGGCCAAAUUCUGUCGAGCAGAAGUCGACCAGGACACCGUCGUCAGCGAGGUGCGACACAAACGGGGACCAACGGUGGGACUGUUUGCCUACCCGCGAGUGGGACGUUCCGAUCCGGACAUGCUUGAGUGGGGAGAUAUGCCGAUGGAACUGUCGGAGGAAUAUGACUACCCCAUCCGGGAAUCCAAAAGACAAGGACUGGUCCCAUUCCCGCGGGUGGGACGUUCGGGACAGAACGGCGGGCGUCAGUUCUGGCCCAUGCAGCAGAAGCGCGCUAGUAACUCGGGCGCGAACAGUGGCAUGUGGUUUGGCCCUCGGCUAGGUAAACGUGUCAGCCGGGCAUCCAGCGAGAUCAAAGUAGGUAACGAACUCUACACACCACGCCUUGGCCGUGAUUCGGGGGAAUUCUCCAACUCCAGGAAAUUCAAGGACUUUGAACGCUUCUUCCGAUUGUCGCUUUCAUCGGAGAACUAAAUUAUUAGACAAGAGAACUAUUUUUAUCAUUAUUAAGCCAACACGUACUUACAAGUCACAUCCUAAAUGUGCGGCAGUAGAAGCCAAGCCAAUCGCUUUCGUGUUAUAAAUCUAGAGGUUAACUAAUGCCGCCAUUAGAAUUGUCCGUCAGGAUUUCGAAAAUGUGUUUACCAAAAAGGCUGGAGGAUGUUUGUCUACGAACAGGCCACCGGUGCCGAGCAGUUUCCGUAGACGAACCUUCUUAAUUGGGACACCACUGAAACUCUGACAAACAAUUUUCGAUUCAACUCACAGACCGUUUGAGAGUACCACAUAGAGCCUCUCAGCAGAUACAGAAAAGCACAUAAAAUAAUAUGUUGCUAUUGUUAACAGUGAGAUGUGUACAAUUGUAAAUAAACAAAAUUCAAAUGAAAUUAUG